GCACAUACUCGGCUUAUAUCGCACCAAAAACGAUUAAUUAGAGUUUAAUUAACAUGUUUAUACACUAAAUUACAAGUAGUAGUUGUAGUUCCACUCAUUAGGUGUGUUUGUAACGGGAAAAGGACAGUGUGGAAGUGUCCGUAGUAGUUUUAUUGGACGGAAGGGACAGUGAGGAGAGGGGGAGGUGAGGGGGUUAGUGAGGCCAGGCGGUCGGUCAUUUCAAUAUUUCGCGUUGUUUCUACCCCAUUUUACACUAUUAAAACUCUAUUAAAACGUACUAGAAAUACACUUAAUGUUGAGUACAGCUUUUUGAUAUUGAUAGGAAAGUGUUUUCUGUUAAUACAAGAUAAUAAAAAAUGCCGAAAUGAAGCGAUGAAGUCCGGAACGACGUGCUUAAAAAAAAAAAAAAGAAAAUGCCGCCGUUGUGAGUUUAGCCGUUAGUUAGCCGUUGGUUAGCCGUUGGUUAGCCGUUAGGUAACCGUUGGUAGUGUUAAGGACACCGAAGUUCCAGUUAGCCUGUUAGCUCCUCGUUAGCCACCAGCUCUCAUCUCCAUUGUGUGUGAACGGACCACUUAUUAGCCUCUCCACCACCACCACCCGGAGCUAGCUACUAACCUGCUCGGGGCGGUUUGUUGUCGGUCGGUUGAAGAAGCAGAAGAAGCACAGCUUUUGUGGGGCAAAAGAAAAAUGAACUUUCGCUUCACUUGGGGGAACCUUAAUUAGGACCAUGGAGUAGCAAGCUUCAAAUUUGCAGCUAGCUGAUUAGCUCCUCACUGCACAACACACCUCCCUCCAUCCAGUCCCCUCCAUCUGUGGGCCCCCCACCCAGCCAUGGCGGACCCAGGGAUGUUGAGCUUAUUCGGGGACGAUGCGGGGCUGUUCUCAGAUGGAUUAGAUGGUUUAGGAGACUGCUUUCCUCAGCAGCCUGCUCCUGACCAGUCCAACCCUUUAGCCCAGCAGACUAACCCCGCUCUGAACCACGAGCACCAGGGAAACCGGGGCUACCACCAGGGGAUGAUCCACGGCGCUGGGCCCGGCCCAGGGCAGCCUAAAUUGGGGCAAAUGUACGACCAUGGCCCCUACACGGGCUACGAUCAACCUGGUGCUCCCGGAGGACGAAUGAUGGCUCAGAAUGGUCCCAGCCAGGGGCCACCAAACGUGAACACGGCCAUGAAUGGCAUGGCUUCCCACUACCAUAACAACCCAGCUAACCCUAGCAACCCCCUCCAUGGGUACCCGGGUGAUGCUGGGGGAGCAGGAGGUGGGGGUGGAGUUUGGGGCCAGCAGCAGCAGCAGAGCAGAUCAGCUUAUCAGCAGCCUCCGACACAACCAGGGGGCGGCCCCAACCAGAUGGGGGGCUACCAGAUGUCUCAAAGCAACUACGGUGGGAUGCAAGGGCCACCUACACCCAAUGCAGCCCGCAUGAACCAACACUACCCUUCACAGAGCAUGGCCCCCCCUCCACAGAGCAUGGCACCCCCUCCUGCUCAGGACCCAUCUCACUACCUGGGACAUGUUGGAAUGGGAGGGGCCCAGAUGAGACACCCCCAGCCCCAGUCGCAACCCCAGGGCUAUCCCAACAUGGGCCACACACCCCGAUACCCACAGUCCCCCUCCCGACAGCCUCCGCACCAGCACCAACAGGGCAUGGGGGGGUUUGGGGGUGGCCAGUUCCCUGGCUAUCAGGCCCAGUAUGGAGCCAUGGGACCUGGGAUAGGCCAGGGUGCUAAUGCUAACGUCAAUGCUACCACAAGCCAGGCCAUGGGACCAGGGCAGCUUGGCCAGAGGUUUAACCAGGGAUCAGGUCCAGCAGCUGGGCAACAGGGGCAGCGAUACCCCCCUGGACCACCACACCAACCGCCGACCCAUUCUGCCCCGAUGCAGCAGCAGGCAGGGCAGCAGGGCCAGCCUAUGCACCCCCAGAAUCUGCCCCAGGCCCAAAACCAGCCCCAGUCCCACCUUGCCCCCCCAGCUCAGGGAUCCUACCCUUCCCCCUCAUCCAUGUCCCCCAUGCGGGUUUUGGGAACCCCAACACCUCCUCCCCAACAAGGCAGACCCCCUAGCGCUGGACUAGCUGGAACCCCAGAGGUUGCAGGGUACCCGGCCCUGCAGUCUCAACCCAGUGCUAUGGCCCAGAGAACUCCCCAAAUCCCUCUGUCUGCCCCACACCCCCAACACCAGCAGCCCCACAACAUGCCCCCUAAUGCAGGGCAGAUGUACCCCGGCAUGGGGCCGCAACGCGGUCCACAAAUGGGGCCCAACAGGCCUCUGCUCCAGCAACCGCAAGGGCCUCACGAAGCUCCAGUCAGCCAGGGGGGAGACCAGCGUCUGCUCCAGGCCCCGCAGCAGGCCCCUCGAAGUGGGCAGCCCACCCCCAUGGGUUUCCAGGGUCCGGCUGUCAGUCAACACGGCGUCCCGGCCCCAAACCAGGGCUUGGCACCGUCGGCCCAGAGUGCUCCGACGCAGCACACGCACAUGCCCCUCCAGCCCCUCCACCUGCAGAGCACGCCGCCGCCGCUUGCCCCCAACCAGGCCUCCCAACCGUGGGCGCCUCCCGCCUCCCACCCGCUCUCCUCACCCCCUCUCACCCCACAGAAAGUGCCUCACGUACAGCAUUCCCCCACCGACCCGUCAGGCGAUGCCUCAAUGAUGGCUCCUGACAGGCCGACAGUUGGCGCUGGUGCCCCCGGCCAGCCUAUCAGCACAGAGCAGCCCAGCGACCAGGAGACCAAGCCAAAAAGGAAAAGGAAGAAGAAAGCUAAAGUAGUGGGCGGAGAGGAAGAAGAGGGACGGAAGAAGAAGGCGGUGGCGAAAGAAGGAGCGGCCGCCGGAGGAGAGGAAGAAGACGUAAAGUCCGAGUUUCCCGGGACAGGAAGUGAUGCAGGUGAACAGGUUACUGGCACAGGAAUUGUAGAGGGAAGUUCACCACUGGUGGAGGAGAAGAAGAAGAGGAAAAAGAAACCAAAGGAGAAGGCAGAGGGAGGGAAGGAGGGCAAGGAGCCCAAGACCCCGAAGACGCCCAAAACACCCAAGACCCCCAAAGAGCCCAAGGAGCCCAAGGAGUCCAAGGAGACUAAGGAGCCCAAGGAGCCCAAGGAGAAGAAAACCAAGAGCUCCACGCCCAAGACCAAGACCACCAAGAAGACCAGCAGUAAGAAGGUGGAGUCUGAGGGCGUGGCUAGCGCUGCUAAGAAGGAUUCCAAGAGGAAGAGAGAGCCGUCGGUCAGCGAAGACGUGGAGGUGAAGUCUCCAUCCCCCUCGCCUCCUGAAGAGGAAGAUGAUGACGGUGUACAGAAGCGACGCUCUAGCCGUCAGGUGAAGAGGAAGAGGUACACGGAGGAUCCGGAGUUCAGGAUCUCGGACGACGACAGCGGAGACGACUCAUCGGCACCCAAGUCUCCUUCACAACAACAGGACGUGGCCGACGUUGAGGGGCCCGUCGUAGAGAAGAUCAUGGUCAAACGCAUGACCAAGAAACCGCUGGAGUCGGGGGAGGAAGUGGAGGUGGAGGAGUUCUACGUCAAGUUCAAGGGCUUUUCGUACCUCCACUGUCGCUGGGCAGACCUGGAAGAGCUGGAGAAGGACAAGAGAAUACACCAAAAGGUCAAGAGGUUUAGGGCCAAGCAACAACUCAACAGUUUCAUAACGGAGAUGGAUGAUGAGCCUUUUAACCCCGACUACGUGGAGGUGGACCGCGUCCUGGACAUUUCAGAGAGCCCAGAUGAAAAUGGAGAGACGGUGACCUUAUAUUUGGUGAAAUGGUGCAGCCUGCCUUACGAAGACUCCACCUGGGAGCUGAAGGCCGACAUCGACCAGUCCAAGAUAGAGGAAUAUGAACGCAUCGCAGCACGCACACCCGACACUAAGAGAGUGGAUCGGCCUCCUGCAGCCGACUGGAAGAAGCUGGAGGGCUCCAAGGACUACAGGAACAGCAACGAACUCAGGGAAUACCAGCUAGAAGGCCUCAACUGGUUAACCUUCAACUGGUACAACUCACGUAACUGUAUCUUGGCUGACGAGAUGGGUCUCGGGAAGACCAUCCAGUCCAUUACAUUCCUCUAUGAGAUUUACUUGAAGGGCAUGGAGGGGCCAUUCCUGGUCAUCGCCCCGCUCUCCACCAUCCCCAACUGGGAGAGAGAGUUCAGGACCUGGACCGAGCUCAACGCGGUGGUCUACCACGGCAGCCAGGCCAGCCGCAAGACCAUCCAGGCCUACGAGAUGUACUACAGAGACGCACAGGGUAAGGUAAUAAAGGGAGCGUACCGGUUCCACGCGGUGAUAACUACCUUUGAGAUGAUUCUGACUGACUGUCCGGAGCUUCGCAGCGUGCCAUGGCGCUGCGUGGUGAUAGACGAGGCCCACCGCCUCAAAAACCGAAACUGCAAACUACUGGAAGGACUCAAGAUGAUGGACAUGGAGCACAAAGUUCUGUUGACGGGAACUCCUCUCCAGAACACCGUGGAGGAGCUCUUCAGCUUGCUCAACUUCCUGGAGCCCGAGCGGUUCCCGUCUGAACACACAUUCAUGACUGAAUUUGGAGACCUUAAGACUGAAGAACAGGUUCAACAACUGCAGGCCAUUCUGAAGCCCAUGAUGUUGAGAAGACUGAAGGAGGACGUGGAGAAGAACCUGGCCCCGAAGGAGGAGACCAUCAUUGAGGUGGAGCUGACCAACAUCCAGAAGAAAUACUAUCGGGCCAUUCUGGAGAAGAAUUUCACAUUCCUGUCCAAAGGAGGUGCAGGAGCAGGAGGAGGCGGAGGCGGAGGAUCCAACGUCCCCAACCUCCUCAACACCAUGAUGGAGCUGAGGAAAUGCUGCAAUCACCCCUACCUCAUUAAUGGAGCGGAGGAGAAGAUCGCAGAGGAGUUCAGGGACUCCCACGGUGGCAGGGCAGACAUGCCGGACAUGGCCCUCCAAGCCAUGGUCCAGGCUGCUGGCAAGCUGGUGCUCAUUGACAAGCUGCUGCCCAAACUGAAGGCGGGCGGACACAGAGUCCUGGUGUUCAGUCAGAUGGUCCGCUGCCUGGACAUCCUGGAGGACUACCUCAUCCAGAAACGAUAUUUCUAUGAACGUAUAGACGGCAGAGUUCGUGGUAACCUGCGGCAGGCAGCCAUCGACCGCUUCUCCAGACCGGACUCCGACCGCUUCGUCUUCCUGCUGUGCACGAGAGCCGGAGGACUCGGCAUCAACCUGACUGCAGCGGAUACCUGCAUCAUCUUCGACUCUGACUGGAACCCUCAGAACGACCUGCAGGCCCAGGCCAGGUGUCAUCGUAUCGGCCAGUCCAAGGCGGUCAAGAUCUACCGCCUGAUCACCAGGAACAGCUACGAGAGGGAGAUGUUCGACAAGGCCAGUCUGAAGCUGGGGCUCGAUAAGGCCGUCCUGCAGAGCAUGAGUGGACGAGAGAACGCCAAUAGUGGGGUCCAGCCGUUGUCCAAGAAGGAGGUGGAGGACCUGCUGAGGAAGGGAGCGUACGGAGCUCUGAUGGACGAGGAAGACGAAGGCUCAAAGUUCUGCGAGGAAGAUAUCGACCAGAUCCUCCAGAGACGAACCCACACCAUCACUAUAGAGUCUGAGGGCAAGGGCUCCACCUUUGCUAAGGCCAGUUUUGUUGCGGCGGGUAACCGAACGGACAUUUCCCUGCAGGAUCCAGACUUCUGGCAGAAAUGGGCCAAGAAGGCCGAGCUUGACCUGGACGCCAUGAAUGGACGGAACACGCUGGUGAUUGACACGCCGAGGGUGAGGAAGCAGACGCGCCACUUCAGCGCCGCGAAAGAGGACGAGAUGCUGGAGUUCUCCGAGCUGGAGAGCGACGACGACGAGCCGAGCAAACCCUCGUCCAAACCGCGACGGCCCCAAGACAAGGCUCAGGGCUACCCCCGAUCGGAGUGCUUCAGAGUGGAGAAGAACCUGCUGGUCUACGGUUGGGGCAGGUGGACUGACAUCCUGGCUCACGGUCGCUUCAAGCGCCCCCUGAAGGAGGCCGACGUGGAGACGAUCUGCAGAGCCCUCCUGGCCUACUGCCUGCUGCAUUACCGUGGCGACGAGAACAUCAAGAGCUUCAUCUGGGACCUGAUCACCCCGAGUGCAGACGGGACUACCAAGACGCUGACCAACCACUCCGGUCUCUCUACCCCAGUCCCUCGGGGCAGGAAGGGCAAGAAGGGGAAGCCCCAGGCCCCGCCUCCACAGACUCCACGAGCUGAUUGGCUGGCCAGCUGCAAUCCCGACCACCUAUUGCAAGAGGAUAGCUACAAGAGGCACCUGAAACACCACUGCAACAAGGUGUUGCUGAGGGUGAGGAUGCUGUAUUAUCUGCGACAGGAAGUCAUAGGCGAUCAGGCCGAACGCAUCCUGGAAGGAGCCGAAUCCAGUGAGCUGGACGUCUGGAUUCCCCAGCCGUUCCACGCCGAGGUCCCGGCCGACUGGUGGGACAGCGAGGCCGACAAAGCCCUGCUCAUCGGCGUCUUCAAACACGGCUAUGAGAAGUACAACUCGAUGCGCGCUGACCCCGCCCUGUGUUUCUUGGAGAGGGUGGGCAUGCCGGACGCCAAGGCCAUCGCGGCCGAGCAGAGGGGCUCCGACAUGAUGACAGAUGGCGUCGAGGGUGAGGAUGAGGAUCCAGAGUACAAGCCGCUGCGGAUGCCUUUUAAAGACGACAUGGACGACUUCACCAACUCGCCAUUGGAUGAUAAAGAUGACACCAUGGAAGGUGACGCUGAAGCUAAAGCAGGUGAAAACGGUCAGAGUGGCGGAGCUUCGGGCUCCAACGAGCGACUCUAUUGGCCAGCGGCCUCGGCUCUGACCGCCCGCCUGCGCCGCCUCAUCACGGCCUACCAGCGCUCCAACCGCAGGGAGCAGCUCCGCCAGGAGGCCCUCAACCGGCCCGACGGUCGCCGACGACGACGCAGGGACUUCCUGCCUGCCAUCGGCAUGGUUACCGAUACGGGAGGGGGAGGAGGGGCGACUUACAUCCAAGAUGGAGCGGGGGUGUUCUUGACGGACGGAGGCCCGUAUCUGACUAAAGGAGGAGCUUACUUUGCCAAAGGUGGGCAGUUCAUGCCAGAGGCGUCGCCGGUGAUGACCGCUGCCUCCCUGAUGACUGAUGGAGCCAUGUACUACAAGGAGAGGAGACAAAGGUGGACUCGUCGUGAGGAGGCUGAUUUCUACCGAGUGGUGUCCACCUUCGGAGUCGUCUUUGACACCCAGCGUCAGAAGUUUGAUUGGGCGCAGUUCAGGGCCUUCGCUCGACUGGACAAGAAAACAGACGAGAGCUUGGAGAAAUACUAUUACUCGUUCAUUGCCAUGUGUAAACGGGUGUGCAGGAUGCAGGUCAAGACUGAAACAGAACUGCCAGACCCGACCCUGAUCAUCGACCCCAUCACCGAGGAGCGUGCCUCUCGCACCCUGUACCGCAUCGAGCUGCUGCGGCGCAUCCGAGAGCAGGUCCUCCCCCACCCGCUGCUCUCUGAACGCCUCAAGCUUUGCCAGCCCUCCCAAGACCUCCCGGAGUGGUGGGAGUGCGGCCGUCACGACCGCGACCUCCUCCUGGGGGCCUCUAAGCACGGCGUGAGCCGGACAGAUUACCACAUCUUAAACGACCCAACCUUGGCCUUCCUGGACGCCCACCAGCGAUUCACCAGAGGAGGCGGCGUCAGCACGGGAGUCCAGGGAGACGUCACCAAAGCGGGGAUGGGAGCAGCGGAAAGCAUCCCCGCGCCCCUCCUCACCUCCGCGGAGCUGGCGAGCGCCACAGCUGCCGCCAAAAUAGCCGUUAAUGCAGCUAAAGAGGAGGAGGAGGAGGAGGGAGAAGGGAAGGAGGUGAAAAUGGAAACGGAGAAAGGAGAUGCCAACGACAUUCCAUGUAUCAAGACUGAAACUCCUGAUGAACAGAAGGAAAACGAGGGAGAGGUCACAGAAGGGAAGGAUGAAAUCGCUGCUUCGCCAAGGAAGGAAGUGAAGAAAGAGAAGGAGGAGGAGGAGGAGGCCCAGCCAAAAGUAGAAAAAGAGGAGCAGGAGGAGCAGAGUGGAGAAGGAGAGAAGACUUCCAAGCCAGCAGACGACCAAGACAAAGACUCGACGGAAGAGAAGAAGAGUUUGACUCCUGCCGACUCUCUCAGGGACCAGACGGAGGCGACCACCGAGCUUACAGAACAUCCCGCAUCCUCUCCUAAAGCACAACCGGGCCUGAAGACCGCAGAGCAGGAAGACGGAGAAGAGGAGAGGGAGAACCCAGAGUCUCCCAAAUCUCCCAAAUCAGCUGGCACAGAGAAAAGCCCAGAGGAGGAGGAGGAGGAGGAGAGGAUGGAUGAAGAUGACAAAUCAGAGAAGUCCUCUCAGGCUGAAGCGAGCGCUGCGUCGGAGCAGAAGAACUUCGACGAGGAGAGCAUUGCGUCUCUGAGCACGUCGGCCCAAAACGAAACCAGAGAUGGGUUCUGCCCCGACGACCUGCCGGAAACCUCGGCGCUGCACGCCUUGCAGGACCGCGCCUACGCCUUCUCAUUCUGGCCUAAGGAUCGACUGAUGAUCAACAGGAUGGAUAACAUCUGCGAGGCCGUCCUGAAGGGCAAGUGGCCUGUCAACAGACGCCACAUCUUUGACUUCCCCAGCAACAUGUUGCCAGGGCACGCCUCCGCGGUCGCCACAGCGGCCGUCGCCACGGUGACCGAGAGCCCGCUGCAGAGGCGGAGCCUCGCCGAGCUGACGAUGGCCGGCAUCCACACGCCUUACAGUGGGAGCGAGGAUAAAACACUAUCACCACAGGUUCACGAGGACGCUCUGAGCCUGACGGCGCCUCGGCAGAGGAGGAGGAGGAGGAGGAAGAUCGAGAUCGAGGCGGAGAGGGCGGCCAAGAGACGUAACCUGAUGGAGAUGGUGGCUCAGCUGAGAGAGAGCCACUCUGCCGCCGAGUCCCAGAGCCAGGCUAUCGACCUCACCAAGGGUAUGCACCAUCACCACAAGGCCUCUCCGUCAUUGGCCGGCUUCCCCAGCGCCCUGGUGACGAGCCCCUCCCUCAAAGCCCAGAUGGAGUUGCUGCAGCAGCAAGCCCCGCCCUCCGGACACCGAGCCAACGGCUCACUGGAGGCUGACCUGCCCAUCAUGAGGAGGAGGCGGGGCCGCAGGAAAAAUGUGGAGGGCCUGGAGCUGCUGUUCAUGGGCAACAAGAGAGGAGGAGGGGAGGAUGCUGAUGGGCCAAAGGUUUCAGGUGUGGUGGAGGUUCAGGAAGCCGCCCGCUCCCACAGAUCCCUCGCCGUCCCGGAGCAGAGCCCCAGUGCCAGAUCUCUGGCCUCCGGCGGCCUGGAGGACGAAGAGGCAGCCGUUUCCAACAAAGAGCUGGGAGAGUGGCUGAGGCAGCACCCGACGUACACCAUGGACAUGGCUGGAUUCACACCAAAGAGCGAGGAUGUACUGCUGUCGCAGUUUUCUAAGCCCAAACAGAAGCGCCACCGCUGUCGAAACCCCAACAAGAUCGACAUCAACACCCUGACUGGAGAGGAGAGAGUGCCCGUGGUCAACAGGCGCAAUGGACGCAAGAUGGGCGGGGCCAUGGCUCCACCAAUGAAGGAGCUUCCCAGAUGGUUACUGGAGAACCCAGAGUAUUCCAUCGCCCCUGACUGGACAGACAUCGUCAAACAGUCGGGUUUCCUCCCAGAGGCCAUGUUUGACCGCCUUCUGACCGGCCCUGUAGUCAGGGAGGAGGGCGUCCGUCGUCGGGGUCGACGACCUAAAUCCGAGAUCGCCAAAGCAGCCGCCGCCGCCCAGGCAGCGACGGCAGCUCAGGCCGCCCAGGCAUCACUGGCCAACGCUGUUUCAUCUGCAGGAGGAAUCAACCCUCUGCUGCUGAACAGUCUGUUUGGAGGGAUGGACCUGUCGUCCCUUCAGAGCCUCCAGUCUCUCCAGCUGGCCGCCGGUCUGAUGGCCUUCCAUCCCCCCACCGACCCCAAGCAGGCCGCCGCCAGCGCCGCCGCCGCCUCCAUGCUGCCCCUCAUGAUGCCCGGCA